AUGUCCUGCAGUGUUUGGUAUCAAGUGCAACCCGAUCAAGAACCGACGGAGGAACAAGACCAACAUGAAUACCCAUCUUGUGAAUUCUAUACGGUGACGCACAGCAACGAAACGAGUCGAUUUGUUGUGAAUACACAAUUUGAAUUGUACACGGGUUUUGUUGAUGAAAAACCAGCCAAGUAUGAAACACACUCGACGAAUUAUUUGGAUGUGCUAGAAGAAGCAGCUAAAAUGAGUUACAAUCCACCGAAUUUGUCGGGUGGUCAAAUUAUCGAAUCAAAUUUCACCGUUAUUUCAACGGACUAUGAAUCUUACGCUGUCAUUUCAAACUGUGACAAAGAAAUAAAUGAUGGUGACGUGCAAUUUUCGCAACAUGCAACACUCUGGUCACGCACACGAGAUCUUGAAAAUGAUUUCGUUGACAACCUAUAUGAAAAUCUGGGUUCAUUUGAUUUCGAUCCAUAUGAUCUGAACAGUGUCAGUCAAACUGGUUGCAUCGAAGGCGCCACCAAACUCUUAAGCAUCAACCUUAACGAACAAACCGAAUCAUAA